AUGACCGCCGGGAACAGUGGCGUUGGGAAGAGCUGCCUGAUCAAGCGCUACUGCGAGGGUCGCUUUGUAUCCAAGUACAUCCCGACAAUUGGCAUCGAUUACGGGGUGAAACUGGUGAACGUAAACGUCGCGAAGCUGGAAGAGGAGCUCGCGAAUCGCCCGAACCGCAGCCCGGAAGCCUCGUCUUCGGGGUCGUUGGCCAUCACGCGCCCUUCCACCGCGGUGCGGGUGAAUUUUUGGGAUGUCGCCGGCGGAAAGGAGGCGUUUGAGAUCCGCAACGAAUUCUACGCCCCCACGCAGGGGAUUUUAUUAAUCUACAACGUGGCGGAUCUCAAAAGCUUUGAGGCCUUGGAGGCGUGGAUGGAGGAGAUCAACAGUUUUAUUACCGUUCCGAUCGUCAAUACGGCGGCCAGACGGCCCUCGAUGGGGGGUUCAACGAUGACGGGAAACACCCCCGCCGGGCGGGAGGUGGGGGCGGUGAUGGAUCAGUCGCCGGUGAUUUUUUUAUGCGCGAAUAAAGUGGAUGGCGCCGCCCCGCGGGUGGUUACUGAAGAGCAGGGCCGACGUUGGGCAGAGGCUCAUGGUGGGAUGGAAUACUUUGAGGUGAGCGCGAGCACCGAUUUGAACGUCACGACGAUGAUGGAUAAGUUGUUUCAUCGGGUGAUUGCGCGUUUUAUGAUAUCCAAAUAG